AUGCUGGGAUUUAGUCAAAAAUUGGGACUGAAAGUUGACAAAGCUGAUCAACACGUCACGACAACGGUACAUGGACAACCAGCAACGAGUGGGGCCGCCGGGAUCUGCACCUCCCUCCACUUUGACCGCGGCGAUUGGGCGGAGGAGAAGCAGGAGGCCAAGUCUUCCAUUGACAACCUCUUCCUACAGCUCUCAGGGCGCAAACGAUUUCGACUAUUUCGUCUCUAUGCGCGCGGUGCUGCUGACCCUGGGGCUCCGCAUGUCUCGCAGAUCGAAGACACAAGCGCUGGUGCAGAUUUGAUGGAGCGCUUCCCCCGCUUCGCUACCGCCGCGGCACGCAGCUUGGACGUGGAGCUGGGCCCGGGCGACGCGCUGCUGGUGCCGCGCUGGUGGUGGCACGAGACGUACGCGCUGAGCGAUGGCCAUGCGGUGAACUGGUGGUGCGCCAGAUGGGAUGGGGGUUUGAACCACGACCGGUGCAGUGAAGUCCACGUGCAGGGGCUUCGUAGAAGACUUCGAUUUACCUCCGGUAAAUCCAACGUGGCCAUGGAUAUCAAUGGACAUUCACCAGUGGCACAAGUGGCCUACGAGAGGAAGAAGGAGGAGCAGCGUGCCAAAAACGAGGAGUCAGAAGCGAAGACCAUCGGAGCAGAGGCGGACCAGGCUGAAAAUGAACUUCACCAGGUGAAUCAGGAGAUUACCAAACUGAAUGUGGAGAUCUUUCAGGAGCAACAGAAGGCUCAGGCUGCAGAGAAGACGAUGAGGGAGGAGCAGCAGAAGUACCAAGAGGAGCUGAAAACUAAGCAGCUCAGGGAGGAGCAGGUGCAGAAGAUGAUGGCCUUGUUGACCACGAAGGACGAGGCGAUGACCUCCCUGGAAGGUCGCUUCAGUAAGCUUCAGCGGAAGGCAAAAGCGGCCCAACAGCUCUUGGAUAAAGAAGAAAAGAAAGCAGAACUGCAGGAGCAAGCAGCCCAGAAGCAACUGGAAAACGAACGAAAGCAAGCAGAAAAGAUCGAGAAGGAGGAAACCUUGAAACUGCAAAAGGUGAAGCAGCAACUCGAGGAAGAGGCAGAAAAGGCCCGAAAAGCCUUUGAUGAUCAGGUGCAGUUGAUGCGGAAGAGGAAUGAUAAGGAGGUCCAAGAAGAGAAGCAUAAGAUUGAGCAGAAGGUCACGCUCGAGCAGCAUCAAAUCAUGGAGAAGGUUGGAAAGUUGAAGAAGGAGCUGAGCCGCGAGCAGGACAGGGCUAAGAAACAGGCGCUGGAAGCAUCUAAAAAGGAAGACCAACUGAGGCAAAAACUGAAGAAGACUAAGCAGGAGGAGGAUCUGAAGGUGGAGAGGUCCCACCAGAAGAUGCAGGAGCUCGAGUUGAGCCUGGAGAAGCAACGCGAGGUCUCCAAUGAGAAGGUGAACAAAGCCAAGAUGAAACUGCAAAAACUCCAAGAGGAGGUCAUCGGAGAAGAGGAGGCCCUUGGCACCAAGAAGUUGGAGUUGCAGCGGGUCCUGCGGGAGGCCAAGGACAUGGAGUCCAGGGCCAAAACGCAAGAGGCUGCCGAAAGCCAAGAGGAGAAUCUCCUCGAGGCCAAGUUGAAAGCCGCCUCGGUGAUGGAGCACAAAGGCAAGACGGCGUUGCAGAGACAGGCUGAGCAUGAGGCUGCUGAGCUCCAAAAGCUGAUUGUGCAGCAGAAGGAAAUGGAACAGAAGCAGGUCUCUGCCCUGGAAAAGCAGAUCAAGGCGACUCAGGCCAAGUCUCCCAAGUUCCUUUCCGCUUAGGGCGGCCCUCGACCCGACUCGACGCGGGAGG